UACCUUGGUUCGUUGGUCACCUGAUGGCAAAGCUUUCUUAAUUCACAAAGCGCUGGGCAAUGCAAUUGAAGUGUAUAAAAUUUCGAAGAAAUCGGAUGGUACUUUGGCUUCUGCGACCAAAUCCUUCGAAUUCCCGAAGCAUCAUGUGGAGGACGUGGUGGGCAUGGACAUUGCGUGUACCGGACGUUACAUCGUGACUUGCAGCACAGCAAAUGACUUAGUAAUUUGGGAUUUGAAGGGACAAAUUCUGGCAAAUGUCGACACUUAUCUUGGAACAACUCAUAAGGCUAGAGUUUCUCCCUGCGGACGAUUCGUUGCUGCAUCAGGUUUCACGCCCGAUGUUAAAGUUUGGGAAGUUGGAUUCACCAAAUCGGGAGAAUUUAAACAGGUCGCGAAAGCUUUUAAUCUUGCUGGACAUUCGUCGGGAGUUUAUGAUUUUGGAUUUAGCGCUGAUACGAGCUGCAUGGCUACUGUGUCGAAGGAUGGAACUUACAGAUUUUAUGACACUAACAUCGAAUUCGAGAAAGGUGAAGAUCCACGAAUUCUCGUCAAUGGAUCUUGGGAAUCAACAUCGACUGCAAAUUUGGCCCUAUCACCGAAUGGAGAAGUUUUAGCUAUUGCCCAUGGAUCAUCAUUAUCGUUUUAUUGCACAAUCACUGGUGCUUUUGACACAACUAUCGACGACAUUUUCAAUGGACCAAUAACGUGUCUUGCAUUCGACGCAGCAGGCGAAUAUUUACUCGUUGCUGGUGACAAGCACGUGAAGAUUUUCCGCAACAUUCCCGGCUAUCGAGCAACAAUCGAAUCGUCAAAGAAGAAAUUGGAGCAACGUCAAACA